AUGUUUGGGCUGUCUGAUUUGUGUAAAGUUCUUGGCAUUAUACCACAGUCCCCUGUUUUGUUUUCAGGAAUUGUAAGGUUUAAUCUUGACCCUUUUAAUGAACACAAUGAUGCUGACCUCUGGGAGGUUCUGGAGAGGGCACAUUUGAAGGAUGUGAUACGGAGGAAUUCUUUGGGGCUGGAUGCUGAGGUCUCUGAGGCAGGCGAGAACUUCAGCGUUGGGCAGAGGCAACUCUUGAGUCUCUCUCGGGCAUUAUUGCGUAGAUCAAAGAUAUUAGUACUUGACGAAGUCACUGCAGCAGUAGAUGUUAGAACAGAUGCCCUCAUACAGAAAACAAUUUGA